UAGACACAGAAAUAUAAUUAAAGAGAGACAUAAAUAUGCAUCUUACCAUCGCUUUAUUGCGUGCGACACCAAGCAAGUGACGGUAAGCAUGCGAUAACAUUUUGCGAUAUCCUACUGGAAAUCGAGAGGCGAAAGACAAAUUUAUGAAAUUCGAGUAGAUUGUACACCUGUCUGUCUGGGCUGCUCUCAUAACUUUUUUUUGCGUAUUGUAAUUCUUGCGUUUUCAAGAUAGGAAAAACACUGUGAAAAAAGCCAUUGAUUUUUCUGAUAGAGGUCCGUGUUUAUUUGUGGUUUUCUUUUAUUGCCUACCAAACAAAAUGAUAACAAAACUGGGACCAGUGCCUAAGUAAACCAUAUCGAACUUUAGACGUUAGGCAUUUCCUUCUUCGAAAUUUAUUUAGUUUUUGUAAUAAGAUAUGCAUCGUAAAAAAAGGAAACAAAAGAAGGAAAUAUAUGAUAUAUAACCAUUGUUGCUCUUGAAAGACAAGUAUUAAAAUGAUAUAUAUUGGUUUUACUGAUGAGUUCCAUCAGAAUGAAAAUACCUAACCGAUAAAAAAAGAACUUUUCAUAAGAAAAGGUGAUAUCCGACGCUCACGGAAGUCUGUAUUUUGAAAAGGAUUGAUAACACUUCAGAGAUCCCAUCAAAUACGAUUUGCAAUUGAAAUCUCGCCUUUCAUUCGUUUACAGAUGAAAGAGAGAACGUAACAAAGCUGGGGACCUGGUGGACGUUUGAUUGCUGUGCAAACAAGAAAUUGAUACUUGAAUUGUAUAUACUGUUUACUUAAAUGCGCUUUGAAGUAGCCCUGAUUGGAUGUAAAUACGAGGACGACAUUUGUGAUAAUGAUGUGACGAGACAUACAGACGUAACAAGGUUUUCUUCAAACGCAUGUGAACCGAUGGGAGACUCCCUGUUAGUUUAAGUCUCUUCAUCAACUGCUCAUCCUUGGCGAUGGAGGACACGAGUGAUUUUCCAUCUCCUUUCUCGCCGACCUUUCUUGCCGUCAUCUCGACAUCAUACGUCCUGGUUAUGGUCGCCUCACUAGCCGGAAAUCUCCUCAUUUGCAUCACCAUCUACAAGAAUAAAGUUCUUCUUAAGUCUCCCUGCUAUUACUUCAUUCUAUCACUGGCGUUGUCAGACCUGGGGACCACACUUUUCGCGAUGCCUUUCGAUCUGGAGCAGGUGCUUACAAAUGGCAAAUGGACACAUAGCCAUCAUUUGUGCAAUGUAUGGACCACGGCGUACCUCGUGACAGUACCGACCAGUAUUCUCCACCUUUUAACCUUGAGCAUAGAGCGGUAUAAGACACUAAACGACCCGCUAGAUCGCUACAAGGAAUCUCCGUUUCUGACUGUAAAGCGAGCGAUGUUGGUUAUUGUUGUUAUCUGGGCGUACUCGUUUGUUUUCGCGUUAAUCCCCGUGAUGGGCUGGAGAGCGUUUCCGCAAAGCAAUGCUGUCACGGAAGUCUGCGGCUUCAACAUAUCCCCGGCAUACAGCGCACUAAGCUCGGUGCUUAAUUUCUUCCUUCCGAUGUUCAUCAUGUGUUUGGUCUACUAUAAGAUCUACACGAUCGCUAACAAACAGCGUAAAGUUCCAUUACUGCGACCGAGUGAUAAAAGCCACGAUAAAGAACGUGUCGUUAGACCGCGGAGCUACUCGUCACAAGCCUUGAUAUCAAGCAAUAAACUUAAUGAGGUUUAUUCACAGCAAAACAAAUCCGAUGGUAGACACACUCGGAGAUGUAGCCUUGCAAAUCAAACAGAGCAACGCGCGAAUUUACUGCAAUCUACGGAGGAGUUACCCAUGAUGAAUAACCAGCUUGUUUGUCCUAGUUGCUCAGCGAUAUCUUCUUUAAAGACUGCCAUGUCAUCAGAGGGGAAAGAAAAGAAAAGAGAUUUACACGGCCCUGGGAGCUCAGGGGCAUCUCCUUCAAGUACUCCCAUGUCAUCAGAGGGGGAAGAAAAGAAAAGAGAUUUACACGGCCCUGGGAGCUCAGGGGCAUCUCCUUCAAGUACUCCCAUGUCAUCAGAGGGGGAAGAAAAGAAAAGAGAUUUACACGGCCCUGGGAGCUCAGGGGCAUCUCCUUCAAGUGCUCCCAUGUCACGCAGGGAGCAUCGACGGGACAGAGUACACUCCGUAGGUGCGCGCAUCUCAUCCAACAUGUCUACCUACAUCGCGGCACGCUCGCGCAAGCUCAAAGUGUUUCUGCGUGACACGCGCGCCGCGCGGACCAUCGCGUUGAUCGUGUGUUCGUUUUUCUGCUGUUGGAUGCCUCAUACUGUGUUCAGCUUCGUGUCCGUGUGCUGCAGAGCGUGUGGAUCGGCGGCGCCUGAAGAGCUCCAGUGUGUCCUCCUUUUACUAGGGUACCUGUCAUCCGCUAUCAACCCCUAUCUGUACAGCUGUCAGGUAUCCGACAUGCGGCGGGCGUAUCGCGAGCUCUACAACUCCGCCUGCCCAUGCGCGCGCCGUGCUACUCGCGUGUCCGCACUGAGGCGACUGCUCGCUGAAGCUAGCGGCUACACUAUAAAUAUAAUCGGUGUCGGCGCAAACAGGGGUUCCAUAGUCACUCUCGCAACGAUUCGCAGGAUGUCUCAGUACUGAGGGCUUGCCUUUGAGAGCCUCUGCCGGCCGCCACCUUGUCAUCAAUUGGUAAAUUAUUAGGAAGUGACCAGUAGGGGGUGGCUGCGCCCCCUGUGGCGAGGGGUUCGUGCGCAUCCACAUCAACACUUAGGCAUGCCCGUCUCCAUAUUUCACUGCGUUCAGAUGGGCGAUUAGCGUAUGUCUCAGAACUGACAUUCGUGGAAACGUGCAAAAUGCUUCCCGUGACUCAUUGUUGUUGUUUACACUAGCAAAAAGUCCUUUCACCUGGUCAUAUACUUCCACGAUGUUUUGCUUUGGCGGCUAUUUUUCCACUCUACCAAACCACAUUUUUCCAAUUGUAUCUGUUAGGUGAAAGGACGUUUUUGCCAGUGUUGACAACAAUGAAUUACGGGAAGCAUUUGCUAGAGCAUGCACCCCAUACCGGGUUUCAGGCCAUACCGGGUUUCAGGCAGACAUAGACUACAGCAACUGAAAUCACAAAGGCGUACAACACUCAUUUCCACCCUGUGUUGAUUAAUCUCCGCCUUGUUACCACCGCGCCACGCAGAACACCUUUCUACCAGCAUCACCGUAGGCACAAGGUGUGGGCUUUGCGAGGGCCAGCACAGGUUAUAAUGUAGCCCUCUAUAAAUAAAUAUUAUUGUAUUGUAGUGACGAAAGCGAGAUUGAUUUUCAAUAUAAUGUCUGUGGAAGGA